GUGUGCGCCUUUAUCGGUCAAGCAACCCUGGGCAUAAAUGCUGGAAAUUUGAACUAGGGUCACCAGAUGUUGGGCAUCCAGGAGCGGAGCGCUCACCCAACGAUAAAACUUCUCUUCUCCUAUACCAGCGGCGUUUUAUGGGCCGUAAUCAAAUAGGAGAUAUAGAAG